GGAAAACCAGACUUAAACACAACUUUACCCAUCAGGCAAACCGCAUCGAUUUUCAAACAACCGGUCACCAAAGUUACCAACCAUCCUAGUAACAAAGUGAGAUCUGAUCCACAGCGAGUGACGGAGCAGCCGCGACAGCUCUUCUGGGAGAAGAGGCUACAAGGCCUCAGCGCGUCGGACGUCAGCGAACAGAUCAUAAAAUCCAUGGAGCUACCGAAGGGUCUCCAAGGAGUUGGCCCGGGUAACAACGACGAUACCCUGUUAUCAGCUGUUGCCAGUGCUUUGCACACCAGUUCCGCGCCGAUCACGGGGCAGCUCUCUGCAGCUGUGGAGAAGAACCCAGCCGUCUGGCUUAACACAUCCCAACCCCUCUGCAAAGCUUUCAUAGUCACAGAUGAUGACAUUAGAAAACAAGAAGAGCGGGUGCAGCAAGUGCGUAAAAAACUGGAGGAAGCACUAAUGGCAGAUAUUUUGUCACGAGCGGCUGAUACAACAAAAGAUAUAGAUGUGGAAAUGGAUAAUGGAGAUGAAGCAUAA